AUGGGUGGACUUUUCUUCUUAUACGAUCAAGGUGGUUGUAGAAAAACGUUUUUAUGGUCAACUAUAUCAUGCUCAAUUAGGUCUAAAGGAGGUAUAAUUUUAAAUGUUGCUUCGAGUGGGAUUGCUGCACUUUUGUUGCCUAAUGGAAGAACUGCACAUUCAAGGUUUAAAAUUUCUUUGGCCAUAAAUGAGGAUUCUUUGUGUAGCAUUAAACAGGGAAGUCCUCUUGCAAGGUUAAUAUCCAAAGCCAAAUUAAUCAUAUGGGAUGAAGCUCCAAUGAUAAGUAAGUAUUGUUACGAAACUUUAGACAAAUGCCUCAAAGACAUCUUAAGGUGCUCAGAUUCGUAUAAUGCUCAUUUGUCAUUUGGAGGUAAAGUUGUUAUUUUCGGAGGAGAUUUUAGACAAAUUUUACUUGUGAUUCCUAGAGGCUCAAGGCAAGAUAUAAUUCAAUCUUCUAUUAAUUCUUCAUAUUUGUGGCAUAACUGUAACGUUUUGAAACUUACAAAAGACAUGAGAUUGUCACUAGGUGAAAACAACAACAUACAAGAACACAGAAAUUUUGCAAAAUGGCUACUCAAAAUUGGUGAUGGUUUGGCUGGUGAUACAAUAGAUGGUGAAUCGAUCGUUCAUAUACCAUCUGACAUUUUGAUUAAGAACUCUGAGACAGUUUUGGAUGACCUCAUUGAUUUCGUUGAUGUCAACAACAAGAUAACUGCAGGAUUACCUGGACAUGAAAGAGUCUACUUAAGUUCAGACUCUGUGUGUGCUGAAGAGGGAAAUAUGGAAUUUGAGUUAGAUGCUUUCUCGCCGGAGAUUCUAAAUGGAAUAAAUUGUUCAGGUCUACCACCACACAAGUUGGUUCUAAAGGUUGGAGCUCCUAUUAUGUUGUUGCGGAAUAUAGACCAAACUAAUGGUUUGUGCAAUGGAACGAGUAUGCAAGUUAGAAGAAUGGGAAAUCAUGUGAUAGAAUGCAAGACUUUAAUUGGUAACAAAGCUGGAAGUAUUGUUCUUAUCCCAAGAUUGAAUCUAAUUCCAAAUAAUGAAACAUUGCCGGUCAGGUUUCAAAGAAGACAAUUCCCAAUUAUUAUGUCAUUUGCAAUGACAAUAAAUAAGUCUCAGGGACAAACUCUAUCAAAAGUUGAAAUUUACCUUCCAAGGCCAGUUUUCACCCAUGGUCAAUUGUAUGUUGCGUUAUCAAGGGUAACGAGUAAAGAUGGUAUGCGAGUGCUGUUGCAAGAUCAUGGACACUUGGAAGAUAACUGCACGAUGAAUGUGGUAUAUAGAGAAGUUUUUGAGAGCCUAUAA